CAAGAAAACCAAACAAAGUUAAUAUAUCUACCCAAAACUGAAAGACCAAUUUCAAGAGACCAAGAGAGGAACACUGGGAAAGAAGAAUGUGUAUUAGUAAAUGUAUUUUCAAGCAAGAAAACCAAACAACAAAGUGUUAGUAACAUAUUUCACAAGCAAAAAAACCAAACAACAAAGUUAAUAUACCAACCCAAAACUGAAAGUCCAAUUUCAAGAGACCAAGUUAGGAAUAUCAGAAAAGAAGAAUGUAUACCAAUUCCAAAUGAAGAAGCCAAAAAGAAGUAUCAAAAAAGAAGAAAAGGCAUUAGUAAUGUAUUUCACAAGCAAGAAAACCAAACAAAGUUAAUAUACCCACUCAAAACCAAAAAUCUAAUUUUAAGAGACCAAGAGAGGAACACUAGAAAAAAAGAGUGCAAAAAGAAGUACCAGGAAAGAAGAAAAAAUAUUAGUAACAUAUUUCACAAGCAAGAAAACCAAACAAAGUUAAUAUACCUACUUAAACUAAAAGUCCAAUUCCAUGAAGCCAAGAAGGCAAGAAAAAAGGGCAUUAAUAAACCCAAAAUCAAAGCUACCUGUUUCCAACAAAGUGAUCAAAUUUGA